AAGAUAUAUAUUUUGAUUUAUAAUUCUUUUCUAGAAACGUAAGCGGGAUUCAAACGAACGUCAAAACGAAUUAAAACAUGAAUGCAAAAUGUUACAAGCUUACGCACAAGAUUGGAAAAACCUUAAAGGCGAAGAAGUGGCUGUUGAAGCUCAAGAAACACACUUAAGAGAGUGCGAGUUAAAAAUGGAGCAAAUAAAGCAGGAGACGAAACGAUUAAAUCAGGAGCAUCGAAAUUUGCAAAACAAACUUGACGAGUGUAUACCGGAAAGCCAAAGUUUAAAGUCACGUUUGGAAUCGUUGGAAAACAUCAAAGAACAAAAAUUAAAGUUUCUGAAAAUCAAGUAUCCCGAUGUUUACACCGCCAUCAAAUGGUUAGAGGAAAAUGCCAAUAUGUUCGAAGGACGUGUAUAUUACCCAAUCAUUCUCGAGCUAAGUGUUUUGGAUCCUAACCAUUCUAAAUAUUUAGAAAACACAGUUGCCAUGAAAGACUUAUUAGCAUUUUCCUGUGAAAGCACUUCCGACCUCUCGCUGCUUGUUACAGAGCUAUGUAACAAAAAGAAUCUUUUGGUUAAUAUUUUUCACGCACCACCGCCAGAUGAUUCGAUGUUUGUUCCAAAAAUACCUAUUGAGGAAAUUCGGCAAUAUGGUUUCGAGUCCUACUUGAUUGAUUUGGUGCAAGGUCCACGAGCUGUACUCGGUUUUCUAUGUUCGCUUUAUAAUUUGCAAAACAUUCCAUAUGGGGGUGACCACGUGAAUAGUUGUACUGAUAAUAUUCCUCACGAUAUUCGAAACUACUUUGGAGGGGAUUUGCGAUAUGCAUUAACACUUUCAAAAUAUGGUAAUAGAGAGACUUCUCUUACGCAAACAUCGAUAAAUAACAAAGGUUUGCUUUCGAGUAAAGACAAAGGUGAAGUUGAUGCAAUUAAAAACAGGUUAAAUGAAUUAACACGCACAUCGGAUAAGUUGCGAAAUCAACGAAACGCCAUUGAAGCUCAGAUACGAGAAAAAGAAAUUCGCUACAAAGAGGUAUCGAAUGUUAGAAAAGAGAUUCAAGGCAAAGAAAUGGAACUAAAACAAAAAGCAGCACAGAUUGAAAGGCAAAAACGAAAAAUCGAUUGCCUUAAAAAGGAAAUAAUUGUUAUACCCGAUAUUGAAACGGAAAUGAAAAAAGUUUGCGCUAAAGCAAUUCUGGAAAUAAUAAAGAUGCAAAUGUCCAAGAUUGAAGCUUUAAAUGAGAUUGAAAGAGCUAUGGAUAAGAAAGCAUUCGCCCGAACAAAAUUGGCAAUUUAUCACCAAGAAAAUGAGGAGCUAGUUAAUGUUAUUUCGGCUAUCAGAGAAAAGAGAGACAGUGCAAAGAACCGCGUGGAAGUGAUUGCUAACAAAUGCAAUGCUCUAAAACGCGAUGCUAAGCUCAAAUUGACCGAAUCCCUCAAAUUAACUAACCAAAUGGAUCCAAAUGACAAACAAUUUCCACAUAAGAAAUUCUAUAUAUCAUUGACAGAUAACCUUGAGGAGCUACGAGAUAUUAUAAGUGAUUACAGUGGCCGCCUAGACUGUAUAGACGAUGUUGAUCCAGAGAUUGUAAAAGAGUAUGACACCAAAAGAAAUGAGGCUGAGGCCUUGAAAAAAGAAAUAGAGUCAAAUUUAAAUGGAAAUGAGAACUGUUUGUUAGAAAUCCAACAGAUUUUCAAUAUAUGGUUCCCGAGUGUGAUGGAAGUGGUUACUACUAUAAACUCUCACUUUGGCCAAUUCAUGGAAUCAAUGGGCUAUGUAGGAGAAGUGAAAUUAAUCAAUAAUGAAGAGCAUGAUUUUGAAUCAUAUGGAAUUGAAAUUUUGGUCCAGUACCGAAAAAAUGUACCUUUGCAAGCCCUAAAUCGCCAUGUACAAUCUGGAGGCGAAAGAGCUGUUGCUAUAGCAGUAUACACAAUGUCCAUGCAACACAUAACACACGUGCCCUUUAGAUGUGUAGACGAGAUAAAUCAAGGUAUGGACGCUCGAAAUGAACGAAAAAUCUUCGAAAUGUUAGUGGACGAAACCACUAAAACUGGAAGGGCCCAAUACUUUUUUGUGACACCGAAGCUUCUGCGCAACUUGAAGACAAAUGAAAGGAUGUCCGUUCAUGUAGUUUUCAAUGGUCGAAUGGUUCAGUCGCAAAAUGCGUUUGCCUUUAUUUAGUCACUAGUGUGAUUUUUUAAUUUGAACUUAAUUAUUUCAGUAAAAUAAACGCAUACAUACAU